UGAUUUGUAUGCGGAAAAAUAUUAUUCGAAAUACUCUAAAUGAAGGUCAACAGAGUGUGACACUGAAUAUUUCCGUAUCAGAGAAAUGCUGAUGGUGCUUUAGCAGAUUGUAUGACAUUUCAUUGUCUAUUUCUAUUUUUCAAAGAGAAGCCGGAAAAUACGAGAAUCACGAGAUUCAAUCAUAAUCAACACAAGAAAAGAAAUUCCCGGUAUUAUGACAAAGGAUCUGAAAACAUAAUGUAAUUGGAUAUUAGCCAAUACUUAACCACCCGGAAAAAACAAGCCCUUGCGCAUUUAUAGAUGGGCUUAAAUACUGUCGAGGGAGAACAGAGAUCGCAGUCUUUUGAGUCAAGAUGGUCUUGUCUGGCUUACAGCACCUAUUCGUAGUUUUGUCGUGUGUAGCGCUCAGUUAUGGCGCUGAGCGGUGUCACCCAGACGUUUGCAAGCUUCCAAACUGCUUCUGCAGCGGCGCAUUAGUCCCUGGCGGGCUAAACCCCAAAGAAAUCCCACAAAUGAUCAUGCUAACGUUCGACGACGCCAUCAACGGGCAAGUAUACCCCGUCUACCAGAAGAUAUUCAACGGCAAGAAGAACCCGAAUGGCUGCGAUAUCAGAGCGACGUUCUUCGUCUCCCAUGAGUACACUCAGUACCAAUUGUUACAGGCUCUGUAUCACGAGCGUCACGAGAUAGCAGACCACAGUAUUUCCCAUCGAUUACCCAUCCCGUGGUGGAAAAACGCCACUGUCAAGCAAUGGACUGACGAGGCUGCUGGCAUGAGAGAGGUCUUAAGAAAAUUUGGCGGCGUGAACGCGGAGGAUGUGAAGGGAUUCCGGGCUCCUUUUUUACAGAUCGGUGGAGACAACGAGUUUAAGGCUCUUCAUGACAACAAGUUCACCUAUGAGACGUCCAUGCCGACCAAGCAGAACAAUCCUCCUCUCUGGCCGUACACUCUGGAAUAUGCCAGUACACAAGAGUGCGUUAUUCCGCCAUGCCCCACAGGUUCGUAUCCGGGUUUGUGGGAGGUGCCGAUGGUCGACUACCGCGGUCUCCAUGGCGAGUUGUGCAACAUGAUUGACGGGUGUAACCCUCCGACCACAGCCGACGACGCCUAUAAUCUUAUCAAGAGUAACUUCGAGCGGCACUACAACUCAAACAGGGCGCCUUUCCCCAUGUUCAUGCACGCGAGCUGGUUUCUGAGUUAUCCAUUUGCUUUGGAAGGUUACCAAAGAUUCCUUACAGAAGCCUUGAGCCAAGGAGACGUUUACUUCGUGACCGUAUCUCAAGCCAUCGAGUGGAUCAAGACUCCAACCCCUCUGGAAAAGAUCAAGACCUUUGCUCCCUGGCAAUGUGACAAACCCGCCCCACCCGCCCCCUGUGAGGACGUCAACGUGUGCUCCUACCCUGACAGGGCGAGAUACCUCUGGACCUGCACUCGACCCUGUCCGGCGCACUACCCCUGGACCGGAAAUCCGGACGGAAAUUAACAUGUCACCCUUCAUUACUAUUAUCUAAAGAAAUGUUGAUUUCUAGGUCGUCUGGGUAGUGGAAAUGAUGCUAAAAACUGUAGUUGUUUUAAGUUUUUUUUUAGUCUAGUAUUUUACAUUUGUUAUAGCUGAAUAGUGGAAUAGGGAAGGAUUCUAUUAAUGUAAGAAGGAAAGAAGAAUUAGUUUUAAAAUGCAAGAUAAAAUCUAAGGAAUGCCUUAGGGCCAAAUAAAAUGUCAACAAACUUA